UGGGCGAAGGACCGGAAACUUGCAGACAAAGUUCCGAGCUCCGCCCCUCGCGUCGCUGCCCCGCCGACUGGCCCCCGCGGACCCGCGACCCGCUACCGACCAAUUUGCCUGGCACUCGCGUGCACCAUGUCUGGUUCCUCCAGCGUCACCGCUAUGAAGAAAGUGGUCCAACAGCUCCGGCUGGAGGCCGGGCUCAACCGCGUGAAGGUUUCCCAGGCAGCGGCAGAUUUGAAACAAUUCUGUCUGCAGAAUGCUCAACAUGACCCCCUGUUGACUGGAGUAUCUUCAAGUACCAAUCCCUUCAGACCCCAGAAAGUUUGUUCCUUUUUGUAGUAAAAUGAAUUUUGAAGGUGUUCUAAACCACUUUUCUUGAACCGGCGAAUAUUCAAAGAGCUAAAUCUGAAGCCUGUACAAAAGGCUUACCUAUAACAUGUGCCAUAUUCUACAAACUUCUGCUUUUGUCAGUCCUUAACAUCUACCUCUCUGAAUUUUCAUGAAUUUCUAUUUCACAAGAAUGAUUAUUUUAUAUACACUGGCAGCAGCAUACAAAUAAAAUAGUUAGUAUAAAAAGUAUUUUUGCCUAAUUAUUGGUAAUACACUAUGUAUUAGUUUGUUUUGAACACCUAAAUUAAAUGGCAAUUUUCCCAGUCA